UACAUAUUUGAGUCGCGUCAUUUUGAUAAAAUUCAGAUAAAUAUUGAUAUAUCAUCCCCGUAUCCUGUCAUUAGAGCAUCGUGAUACCUUCUCGCGCGGGAUUGCGGGGAAUACAUCUCGGCCUUAAUACUGCAUCGUACUAGACAUGUUUACAUCUGCGUUAGACUGGAUGGAUGGAGGCCGUCAGCGUUGACUCGCCGUCUGCACCACUCCGCCGUACACAUAGUUACACGGACCGAUCCCACUGAACCAUUAUUCCAAGAAUAUUAGAUGAGGUCGCGUGCUUCAAGCAUUACAUGUAUACAUAGGGUGACACAGUGGGAGAUUCCUUGCAGUUCGUUCGAUAGGUUUACCAACAAUAUGAGUGCCUUCAGUGACGUGGAACAGCAUGACUGUCGACUGGUUGCCUCCGUCGUCAACAGCGGCAUCAGUGAAGAGGGGCUGCACCAGGAGCUGUUUGGUGUUAUCAACCAGGAGUGUCCGAGAUGCGUGGCCGCCAUCUUGAAGUUUGGAGUUCCAACCGAGAUUCGGGAUGCUGAUCACUUCACACCUCUUGCAGUGGCAGCCAAACUGGGCUCAGCACCUAUUGUGGAGCAGCUGCUGCAGUCGCACUGCUAUGCCUCGUCUCCUAGUGGGCCUUUGGGGAACACACCGCUACACAACGCCUCCGCAGACGGACAUGUUGAUUGUGUACAAUGUCUUAUCAAUGCCAAUGCAGAUAUUAAUGCAAGAAACACGCAAGAGGACACUCCACUCAUCCUCGCCGCUAUGAAUGGCCACUUGCCAGUCGUGAAGCGAUUGCUUGCCUUCCACGCCUCUGUCAGACGGAGAGGAUACCACGAGAGAACCGCCCUACACUGUGCAACAGAAAAUGGACAUUUGAGUGUCUGCAGGUUUUUAGUGAGUGCCAAGGCAGAUUUAGAGGAAGAAGAUACAUUUGGCAAUACUCCCUUGAUAUGUGCUGCCGAGAAGGGCUAUGUGGAGCUGUUGAAGUUGUUUCUGUCCAACAAGUGUGACGUGAACCGCAUGAGCCACAGCGCCGCCACCGCCCUCCACUACGCGGCACAACAUGGCGACAGCGUCUGCUGCGGGAUACUCCUGCAGAACGGAGCCGAGAUAGACGCUCAGGACAUCCGCCGCUUCACACCGCUCAUGAUGGCCGCCAUGAAUGGUCAUGAUGACGUUGUGGCUAUGCUCAUAGAUUGGAAGUGCAAUGUUAAUAUGGUGGCUUACAACAAGCGUAUCGCCCUCCACCUGGCGGCAGAACGAGGCAAACUCAAAUGUUGUAGUCUUCUGUUGAACGCAGGAGCGAGAAUCGAUAGUCAAGACUCUCUGGGAUGUACGCCAGUACACAUGGCUGCCCUCAAGGGGCAUGUACAGGUUAUGAAGUAUCUGAUAACCAGCGGUGCUGAUCUCCACAAAAGACCAAACAAUGGCCACAGUCUCUUGCACUAUGCUGCCGCUGGCGGAAACGAGGACUGCUGUCAAGAACUGAUCACCAGAGGCUUUGACAUCAACGCCCAGAACAAUGAUGGAAUCACGCCACUGAUCAGCUCAGUGCACACCAAGCAGGUAACGACCGCCCGGCUGCUGCUGCAGGCGGGAUGCAAGACAACCUAUCGUGGCCUUCACGGCAUGACAGCACUCAACGAAGCCGUCUUCUACAACCACCCUCUUCUGCUGUCAAUGUUGUUGGAUUACGGAGCCGACCCGGAUAUUGAGGACGAUGCAGGAACAUUACCGUUGUGGUUUGCCGUCGACCAGUCUUCCAUGGAAAAUCUGAAGUUGUUGCUGAGAUCAAACUGUAGGUUCAACAUGAGAUCCGCGCUAAGCAAUUCCUGUGGGCCAUGCAACGCUAUUGAGCACGCUCUGCACAAACAAAAACUUCAAGUCAUCGUUUGGCUAAUCAGCACAUAUUGUGAGGAGGCUGCCAAUGUUCUACGAUCUCAUCUGUCCGAGUCGGACAAGUUAGCGUCCAUCAACAAGACCUUCCUGUCCAGUGUCCAAGAGCACAUCCAGGCGCCACAGUCUCUGCUUUGUCUUUGUCGGAAGCAGAUCAGGGCAGAAUUAGGGCCCGGGAAGAUCAUCACCAACAAGAUUCGGCAGCUGAAACUGCCUCAUGUUCUCAAGAACUUCCUGGACUACAGCGAUCUCACCGAGUAGCUGCUCCCAGUGCAGUUGGCCCAGUUUCCGGGAAGCUGCGAUAUGAAUACCUAUCCCAGAACGGUCUUAGAUGGACGCCAAUCAUUGCACAUGACUCAUUAGUAAAUGUCAAUAUUGUUCACUUACAGUUUCAGAAAAUGUUAAAGCAAACUUUGAUUGCAAGAAUUCAUAGAUGUAUCUAUCAUAGAACCAGAGAAAGGGCCUAACUGUAUUGGUAUGACUGGGUUGUUGUCAUGUCACUGUUGUUUGUCAUGUUAAGGAACGGCCAUUUUAUCUUUACUGGAUGAAUAUCUAAAACUGCUUCUGUAACGGGAAUGGUGAUUUCUGAUCUGGUCGAUCUCAGAACUAUUCUAGAGAACUUAGAAUUUAAAAGGAAAAUAAUCAAAGUAUUUAUUGAAGCAAAUGUGCCGUAAAAUGUUGGUGUCAUGGUUUGAAAAGCUAGACCACGUGGGACAUGAGACCGGAAGUACAUCCUGGACUUGCGCACAGCCGUACAGAAACCAUCAGUAAGGGGGUCUUAGUAAUAUCGCCUGUCUCGCGAGACGAGGGUCAGGUUUCAGGUAAAAUGCGAUAACUUGGAGGUAAGUUCAUUCUAUUACCUUCCAAUUUAGCCAGGAGUGACAAUAUAACUGUGUCAAGGAAGGGAUGUUAACACGACAAAGAUAUUGAGAGCCAGUAUAGCGUUAAUUAGAGCCUCAGUAUUGAUAACAGAUCAUGCAAAAGUAUUACUAGUCAUAAGUGUCAGUAUUAUGAGUAUGCACCUAACAUGUUGAGUAGAGUAUGCGUAAAUAACCGCUGUGUGUUGUAAAACAGCAUGGACCAUACUGUUUCUAGGAGAUCCAGUUUCACGACUUUUAUAUAUGGACCUAUGACCGUGAUGCGAGCCUUUAUUGGGGUACGGUCAUGGUCUUCUGGGCAUCGGGAAAACCCAAACUAUGUCUUUCUUCUGUAUACAUUCUUGACUGUCAUUUAAGUUUUCAUCAGGUUUCAUAUGUGACGGUCGCACCUCAUGCAUUACGUCUUCUAAACCAGCACUGUAUUUGUAGAGGGGCCCUCUAGAGGUGCUGAUACAGGUUACCGGAGAGCGACUUCAUAUGGUGCUACAAAUAUGGCAUUUCUGUGUAAAAGUAAGGAAGUCACGGCAGUUUGGGGGCGGCGGAGAUUGCGUUAGUGAACAGGUAGCUAUUACAGGUAGUGUACUAUUCAACUAUUAAUAGGGGCACAGAGAUAUGCAAGUGUUUCUAGACCAUAAGUAAACAUUGGUCUGUAGUGGAAUGACUAGUAUUCCUAUCAAAAUUUGAAUGAUAUAUUUGUCUCCAGCAUUCUCAAUGUAUGCAGCUGAACAUUGGCUUGUAAUGACUUGGUCGACCUGUGCCAUGCAUGAUCCCCAUCAGUUACUACUAGAUAUAUAAUGUACUGCUCAACCUUUGCUAGGGAAACACUGAGCGGCCCGUUGGUGCUGAACCUGUCCCAUUGAUUUCAAAUGUCGCCGUGUCUGAUAUUGCCAUGGAAACGACGUAUUUUAAGCUACAACCAAGCCCCUGUAUUCCUAAGUUAAGUAGUGUUAUUACCACACGUAAAGAUCAAACGUCAUCAAGUUAUCCAAGUGUACGUUUUCUAUUAUUUCACCAACAGCAUCAGACCAUGCAGAGAAUAGCAGACGGUAAACGAAUGUAAUGUGUGACGAGUCAAUGUGCUGUCGUCGCCUGGCGUAUUAUCGUGUGUCUCCAUACAGGUGUAGUAGUGCUAUUAAUCUAUAGCCAUCAUGACGACAGAGUGCUGGGAAGGAAGGCCUGCACCUUGCUGUGCACCGUGUUUCACCACCAGUACUAUUGACGCGUUAGAUUUCUUAUAUAUUUGGUUUACGGAUCCACUGAACAGAAACGACAGGAAUGUACAAAAUAGAUUCACAUUUGAAAGGAGAUAUCUAAGUGCCCAAUCCAAGAGUCUUACAGAGAAUAUCGAUCCCAGAUCGUUUCCCUAUCGCAACUAAGACAAGAAAAACCUGGGCAGGAACCCCAUGAACCCCCUGAACCACCGCCAAUAUUAUUUAUCGAUUCACCAAUACCCAAAUCAGUGUCUGGCUAUUAAAUGUACAUUCUUGUAACAUUACGUUUUAAUAUUUCCACUUACCUACCUAUUUGUUUUGAAACUGCUAUGUUUCAUAUUUGUUUCUACCAACGAUGCAGACUUUUGACCAAAAAUGUCCGUAAACCAACUAAUGAAAUACAGGCAAUGAAUAACCGCGCCCGUUAGAACUGACAGUUGGAUAUUAUCCCGUUAGAACUAACAGUUGGAUAUUAUCCCGUUAGAACUGACAGUUCGAUAUUAUCCCGUUAGAACUGACAGUUGGAUAUUAUCCCGUUAGAACUGACAGUUGGAUAUUAUCCCGUUAGAACUGACAGUUGGAUAUUAUCCCGUUAGAACUGACAGUUGGAUUUUAUCCCGUUUGAACUGACAGUUGGAUAUUAUCCCGUUAGAACUGACAGUUGGAUAUUAUCCCGUUAGAACUGACAGUUGGAUAUUAUCCCGUUAGAACUGACAGUUGGAUAUUAUCCUGUUAGAACUGACAGUUGGAUAUUAUCCCGUUAGAACUGACAGUUGGAUAUUAUCCCGUUAGAACUAACAGUUGGAUAUUAUCCCGUUAGAACUGACAGUUGGAUAUUAUCCCGUUAGAACUGACAGUUGGAUAUUAUCCCGUUAGAACUGACUGUUGGAUUUUAUCCCGUUAGAACUGACAGUUGGAUAUUAUCCCGUUAGAACUGACAGUUGGAUAUUAUCCCGUUAGAACUGACAGUUGGAUAUUAUCCCGUUAGAACUGACAAUUGGAUAUUAUCCCGUUAGAACUGACAGUUGGAUAUUAUCCCGUUAGAACUGACAGUUGGAUAUUAUCCCGUUAGAACUGACUGUUGGAUUUUAUCCCGUUAGAACUGACAGUUGGAUAUUAUCCCGUUAGAACUGACAGUUGGAUAUUAUCCCGUUAGAACUGACAGUUUGUUAUUGUCCUGUUAGAAUUAACAACUGGAUGUCUUCCCCUUAGAACAGAUUGAUGGAUAUUAUCCCUUUCGAAUUAACUGGAUAUUGUCUCGGGAGUUUGCGGGCGCCAUGCAUGCCCAAUAGGUUGUUAGACUGUUAUACUGUUUUCGUGAGUUUAUUUUGUUGAAUGUCAUAGAGAUUAUUUUGUGAAUCUAGUGCUUCAGUCAGUUGUUGCUAAAAUGUAUAUUAUACGCAUAUAUUAUAUAUUUACAUAUAUACCAUUAUUAGAAUAAACAAGGUGUUUAUAGA